GCCCCCGCUCCUCAGCACAGCGCAUGGAGCCCGGCGGGGACCACCGGAGCCGGAGCGGCGGCGGCAGGGGCGGCCCCGGGCCCGCAGUGUCUUCGGCACGGGGCCGACGGCUGCCGCCCGCUGCAGCGAGCGGCGGCGCGGAGCCCGAGGAGGACGACGGCGGACAAGCUCUUCAGCUGGAAGGGGGUGCCUUGGGGUCCUGGGGGAGUACCCCCCUACCCUCCUCCAGGGCCAGGGGACCAGCAUCUUCAGGCAGGAAAUACUCAGAUCAUUGUGAGGCUCGGGCCUCGAGGCCUGGGAAGAGCCGCAUCCCUGGCAGGGACCAUCGGCGCUACUACCACGACCACUGGCGAUUGGAGUACCUGAUGGAUUUCAUCCCCUCUCGCCAUGGCAUGGUGUGUAUGGUGUGUGGCAGCUCCCUGGCCACCCUCAAGCUCAGCACCAUCAAGAGGCACAUCCGCCAGAAGCACCCCUACUCCCUCCAUUGGAGCCCCCGAGAGAAGGAGGUCAUCAGCAACAGCUGGGAUGCCCAUCUGGGGCUGGGCGCCUGUGGUGAGGCUGAGAGCCUGGGGGCCCAGGGGGCUGAGGAGGAGGAGGACGAAGAUGAAGAGGAGGAGGAGGGGGCCGGCCUUCGAGCUUGCCCACCCAAGGGCACAGGCAAAGCCCCAGCUGGUGGGGGCUGCCGGCGCCAGCGGCGAGGGGUUCGAGGGGGCCCAGUGGCACCUCGGCGCCGGCGCCUUGCGGCCUCCAGAAGGGCUGGGGGCAGCAGGGGGCUGGGGGCCCGGCGCCUGGAGCGGAGGCUGAAGGAGUCCCUGCAGAACUGGUUCCGGGCCGAGUGUCUCAUGGACUACGACCCACGGGGGAAUCGGCUGGUGUGCAUGGCCUGUGGCCGGGCACUGCCCAGCCUACACUUGGACGACAUCCGUGCUCACGUGCUGGAGAUGCACCCCAGUUCCCUAGGGCUCAGCGGCCCCCAGCGCAGUGCCCUACUGCAGGCCUGGGGUGACCAGCCUGAGGCUCUAUCCGAGCUCACCCAGUCCUCACCAGACGAUGACCUCGUCCCCCAGGACCUGACCAGAAAGAGCCGGGACUCCGCCCCCGCUGCUGGAGCCCCCUCCUCUCAGGAUCUCAGCCCCCCCGACGUAAAGGAAGAGGCUGGCUGGGUCCCUGAGAGGCCCGGGUCGGCAGAGCAGGAGGAGGAGGGCGAGGGCGAGGGCGAGAGGGCGGGCAACCCGGUCCGGCCUCGGAGGGGCCGAGACCAUCGUCGACACUACCAGGAGCGCUGGCGGUUGGAAUACCUCAUGGAGCUGGACGGCUGCCGGCGCGGCCUGGUGUGCAUGGUGUGCGGGGGCGCGCUGGCCUCGCUCAAGAUGAGCACCAUCAAGCGACACAUCCGCCAGCGCCACCCGGGCUCCACCAGCCUCAGCGGGCCAGUGAAGGCCCUCAUCGCCCAGGAGUGGAGCGAGAAGGCCGCACACCUGCUGGCCCUGGGGCUGCCCAGCCCGGAGUCCCCCAGCGAUCCUGUCGCCCCCGGCACAGCCUCAGCCUCUGAGGAGGGGGGAGGGGCCGAGGAGGCGGAGCCAGAGGAGGAGUGGUGGGGCGACGGGCCGCCGUCCCCCGGGGCGCCAUCGGAGCGGCCCGCCGAGGAAGAGGAAGAGGAAGAUGACGGUCAGGAGCCCGGGGAGUUGGCUUUCUCUCCGCUGCCGCCGCCGCCGCCGCCACCUCCCCCUCCGCCGCCACCGCGCAGCCGGGAGCAGCGGCGCAACUACCAGCCGCGCUGGAGGGGCGAAUACCUAAUGGACUACGACGGCAGCCGCCGCGGCCUGGUGUGCAUGGUGUGCGGGGGCGCGCUGGCCACGCUCAAGGUGAGCACCAUCAAGCGACACAUCCUGCAGGUGCACCCCUUCUCCAUGGACUUCACCCCAGAGGAGCGCCAGACCAUUCUGGAGGCCUACGAGGAGGCUGCACUGCGCUGCUACGGCCACGAGGGCUUUGGGGCACCGGCCCCGGCGCCGCGGGACGGCGGUGCGGAACUGAAGCCGGGCGCGGUUUGUCGCGCGUAGCACUCUCCCUGCGCUGGCAUGGCUCUAGGGCUGAGAGACCCUGAUGUCAGGCUCUGGAGCCCCCCGCUGGUCGGGCUGGGCCGGGAUUGGGGUUGGAGAGGCGCUGCUGCUGUCCCUCGGUGACAUUCUGAUGUGCCGCUACUCCCUACGCUGCUGGUGCGCCCUGACCGGGGGGUCCCAACACUCUUCGCGCGGGACCCCAUGUUUCUCUAAAAGCCAAAGCGCCUCUCCAGUGUUCGCAGCGAACGUUCCCAGCCGCGCCCAAGGGCGCAGUGCUGCCACACCAGGGUGGGGAGGUGCCGAAAAUCAGUAUUAGAAUUGAAGGCAGGGCGCAGAGAAGUCAGGAAGGACAUGCAGGCGGCUCGCCCUGGCCGGGGCCCCAGUUCUAUGCGGCCUCGCACGCCCGCCGGUGCGGCUCUCGGCUCCUAGGUUGCUGGCUGUUGGGUCCAAAUUGGUAUUCUUGGCCUCUCAGAGGUCCAGACGGCGGACUGGAGCAAAGCAGGGGGCGGGACACGGGCGGAGCGUCGGAGCCCAGUCAGUUUCCCGGGCUGGCUCAAGGGACAGCGCAUCCAUACCUUUGGGACCGGAGUCAUAAAGGGAUUAGCACUUUUUUUUCUUAGGCUCUCCUGCUCAGAGAGCUUCUGUUAUCUACCCAGUGAAAGCGGCGGACACACUCUAGGUCCAGUGCCAGCAUGGUGCAAGCCCCGGGUACUGGGGCGGUUGGUCUGUUACUGCCCCCGCUGAACGUGAUUUGUCCUCGGUGGAUGCCACGCCGGUUCUCAGCGCCCAGGGCUUGAGGCCGGCCGCGACCUCCUUUGCUCUUACUCAUGGUGCCAGAAGGGCCCCUCAAUCUCCCAGGCAGGUCCGAGAGGGAUGUGUAGAUUUCGUUCUCCCGUGGAGAACAGGUGGUCCCGAGAUCAGGCCCUUUUUUGCUCUUUGUAUUUUAUUUUGAAACUGUAUUUAAUGCUUUUUAUAUGAAAGGGAGAGGGGAACUGGCCCAAUCACCCUUAUGUGCAAAUGUCUUAUUUAUUAUGCGUGUAUCAGAGAUAAGCUGUGAGGUGGUGGAGGAAGGACAGAGAUGGGAGUGUGGCCUGGGGAUUGGAAGGAUACUAAAUAUCCCAUGUUCCCCUGGCCUUGUUUCUAGGUCCAGUGUCUGUCUUCACUAAGGGAAGCCACUGCAGACACUGGUGCCCUCCUUUUAAAGUCAGGGUGCAGUGGUCAGAGGGUGGGAUUUGGGAGGGGCCCUGGUUCUGGGGCCAGUGCAGUCACAGUGGUGAGAAAACAAGAAAAAGAAAUCCCUUCUCUCACUUGCCAGAGUCAGAGCUCAAGUGCCUCAGGCCCAGUUCCCUAGACUUCCUGGCCUAGUUGGAUUUUAUGCCACGGAUUUUAUAGCAUUUUAUAGCAUUUAUCACUGGGAAAGGACCCUGGAGAUCACAAAUUGAUCCCUUUCAGAGAGAGGAGCAAAAUUCCAGCCCCCAGAAAUUUUUACUUAGCUAGGAACAGGUCAAGAACUAGAAUUACAAUCUCAACUCCCAGUUCAGUGAGCUUUGUAACUAUGUUGCACUGCUUCCAGUCUGGCAAGUUACCAAGGUUUCUUUACCCAUUGAGCUUGCCAAGGUGUAGUAUGCUGGGCACUGCAGGUCCACAGCACUUGUGACUCCCGAGGGCAGCAAAACAUUGCACUUCCUGGGAAUGAGGAUGAAGGCAGCUUUCAGCACUGCAGGCCUGUGAAGGGUUGUGAAGGGUGGGGCCUGCCUCGCCCUGGACGGAGGUUUCUGCAGCAGAAGGCCGCUCAGUGUUGGUGCUUGUUUUGAAGCCAUCAGGUAUUCUGGAACAGCUGCUGGCUCAGUUAAAUUCCAAUCUUGACCAACCAGGGUUUUGGAGACUAUUAGAAUCUUGAAAAGAGAUUACAGAUUUUGCCAAGCUGGGCACUGACCUUUUUUUACUUUUCGUCAUGCAUGUUUUUAAGCAGAGUGAGUAUUCUCUCCCACCUCUACAUCACUUUUUAGAAACAGUAGGCAAAAGUAGAGCUGCUGAUUGUCAUGGUCAGAGCUCACUGUGUAAGUCCAGCUUGAUGGGGCAGAAGUUACAAAUGGGUUUCCCCUUGAGAGGAAGCCCCCAGGCCAGUGUCAUUUUAAGCACCCUUGGGCCCACCUGAUGACAAAGUCAAAAGGGUGGGACCCACAAUGCAUUUGACAGGCCUUUCACCAACAGCUGCAGCUCCCAAGGAGGUUUUCUGGCUAGUACCUGUGCAGUGAUCUACCAAGACUAGACCUGUGGCCCGAAGGGUCAGGGUUGGUGGGUCUCCUUCUCCCUCAGGAUUCUGAUUGAACAGGUGAAAUUCCUUCAUUGUUUUGUUAAUGGUAUGCUUGCUAUUAUGGCCUAUAUGUAAAUGUAACUCUGGAUACAUAUUUAUAUGCCAUGUUAGUGACACUAUUCAAACAUUUGUAUGUGUAUUUGUGAAGUUUGCAUCAGUCAUUUAAGAAGUAUUUCAGCCUAAGUUUUCCGGAGAGGUAUGUUGAAUAAAGUCCUAAAAGUCCAACAUGAGUCACAGCCAACUUAGUUUUGGGACAGAGCGAGUGAGAGAUGAGUUUUGAUGUCAGACCAGAUGUGCCGUAACCAGCUCAGUUUCAGCUUUUGGCUGCAUGUGGUUCACAGGCUACUUCCUAUGGUAAGUGGGGACCCUUCCCAUUCCCAGGCUGGUGAGAGGCUAAAUCAGGCUCUUUCACCAAAGUCACUUAUAAGGUCACCUUUUAUAGGGUCUCUUAACUUCAUUUUAGAAACCAAAUGCAGUGCAGCUUUGCUCAGUGCUGUGGGAAUCCUUGCAAUCUUGGAAAUUUUUUUAGAAAGUUCCCGGAACAAGGGUGGAAGUGAGUGAAAGCCUUCUGCUCUCACUUUACCCAAACUGUAAACAGAAUAAAGUUGCAGAUUGAUCCGACA